UGCUCCACGUAAUCGUGUAUUAUACCAUAUUAUACAGUUCACGUUCCGCAUUCGUGAUUGAACCAUGAUAAGACCUGGUUUUGUCUGUUGUUGUGUGUGACACGUCGGACGAUACCGCGAAAGGCCAGCGUUUGUCGAUUCGAGCAAGCCGAUACGAAACGCGAAGCAACUUGGUGUCGUUCGAGAAGAAAGAUGCGUCGAGCUACGAUUACGUGCAACCAGGUGCAGACCGAGGUGAUCUCGCAGGGUCGUUGGAUAGAGGAGGACCCGCUGCCGCAUUCCAGCAAGAAGGUAGUCCUCAUCAUUCCCGGGAAUCCAGGUAUCCCGCAAUUUUACGAGGGCUUCAUCCAGGAGCUCAAUUCGAGAUUAACGUCGGACACGCCCGUGUGGAUCAUCGGGCACGGUGGACACGCACAACCACCAGAGAACCUGGCCAUCGCCAUGCCCGGCGACGACAAGUGGGCAGAGUGCUACGGUCUGACGGCGCAGAUUCAACACAAGAUUGAGUUCAUACGAAGAUACAUUCCAGAGGAUGCGCAUCUCCAUAUCAUUGGACAUUCCAUAGGUGCCUGGUUUGUACUGAAUUUGCUCAAGAACGACGACAUUGAAAAAAGGAUACGGAGAUGCUAUCUGUUGUUCCCUACGAUAGAGUACAUGGCGGAGACCCCUAAUGGAAUGUUCUUUAACAAUUUUGUGUCACGUGCAGCACCAGUUAUUAUUUUCCUGUCUUGGAUCUUCACGUCGAUGUUUCCAGUAACUCUACAAACAUUUAUGAUACGUCUUUUCGGUCUAUUUUGGGGUAUUCCAGCCAAAUCCGUUGAAGCGGUUCGAAAAAUGCUGAAUCCAUCGGUCUUGCGUAGAAUAAUUAAUCUUGGCAGGGAAGAGAGUAUAUAUGUCAGAGAAGCUGAUCAUGAGACUAUAUCGAAACAUACUGAUAAACUUUGGUUGUAUUACGGUGCCAGUGACGGUUGGGCCCCAGUGAAGUAUUUUAGAAACAUAAAGUCAAAGUAUCCUGAUCUGAAUGCCCAUUUAUGUCAGCGUGGUCUUCAGCAUUCGUUUGUAUUGAAUGAUGAUGUGGUCAUGGGUCGUAUCGUAGCUGAUGUCAUCAACGAAGAUUCGAAACAUUGAUAUUUCAGUUAAUUAUUUACACAAUGCAUUAUUUUUGCUGAAUAUCAUUUUAUACUUUUGUACGUGGGCUUACAAUAUCAUUAGUUCUGUAUCGUGAUAUUCUUUUUUUAUAGUUUUAUAUGCAUUUAUGUAUGCAUUUAUUAUUUUAUACACUUAUCGUUCCAUCACUUUUUAGAUUAUGAGGCUACUGUUGUUGGUAUGGUUAUUGUAUGUCUUGGUAUUUGUUACAUUAUUAAUUUUACAGGAAUGGAUCAAUAAUUUAUGAUCAAAUAUAAAAUGUGAACAAAAAA